CUCUGCAGAGUCCGAGGCUGGGCCCUGGGUCCUCUCUACCACCUGGCGGCUUCGCUGGGCAAACAAUCAACAGUUUCCAUCCCUUGCUUGCCCUCUCUUCACGGCGAAUGCAUAAAUAUCGUCGCAAUUUAAGGCGUUGCAUGCUCUGAAGAACUCCAGGGGUGGAUACCACUCAAUGGGAGGGAGGCGAGACUGGGUCCGCCUCUCGUGCCACGUUCCCAGGCCUUUUCUGAUGAGGAAUAUGUGCAGCGGGUGAAGGUGCGGCGAGAGGGUGCAAAAGCUAAGAAAGCGUUUUCCGGUAGGAACUCAAGUCCUCGGUUCUGGUUGUGUGCCCGGAGGCAUUUCCAACCGGACCCACACGGAGACGAGCUUCCGGCCCUAACCAGGGCGUCUUCCGCGUUUUGGCUCCGCUGCUUCCGCCCGCGGUUGUUCUAGGUUCCCUGGCGAGCAGCUACUUCCGCCCGCAGUCGCCAGCGGCCCUGGCUCGGAAGCUGGCCCGACAGCGGCCUUUUCCUCCUGCCCUCAGGCCGCCCACGCACGAUCGCGUGCGCAGGUGACAGCAGCGUUCUCUGCGGCCGUGGCGUGGGCCUUGGUGACUGGACAGUGCGAGGGCGACUCCGGGCCCGGCCCAGCCCCGGCUCUGGACUUCGCGCGGCGGGCGUCGGGGCAGCAGGCCUGCGUGCGCACCCCGGCCUGGGGCGGGGCUCAGCCUCCCCGCCCGGCCCCGCCCCCGGCCCGCCCGGCGCGGGGUCACUCGGCUCCGCCCUGCGGCCGUGUAACUGCCGCGCACCUCCGGGGCUCGGCCGCCCCCAGGCUCCGGCCUCUGGGGGAACAUGGAGUUUGCCGAGCUGAUCAAGACCCCGCGGGUGGACAAUGCGGUGCUGCACCGGCCUUUCUAUCCUGCCGUCGAGGGGACCCUGUGUCUGACCGGCCACCACCUGAUCCUGUCCUCCCGGCAGGACAACACGGAGGAGCUAUGGCUCCUCCAUUCAAACAUCGACGCCAUUGACAAGCGAUUUGUGGGAUCACUGGGUACCAUCAUCAUAAAAUGUAAAGAUUUUCGAAUUAUACAGUUGGAUAUUCCUGGAAUGGAGGAAUGUUUGAAUAUAGCCAGUUCCAUUGAGGCAUUGUCUACGCUGGACUCCAUCACUCUGAUGUACCCUUUCUUUUAUCGGCCCAUGUUUGAAGUGAUAGAAGACGGCUGGCACUCGUUCCUUCCUGAGCAAGAGUUUGAGCUCUAUUCCGGAGCUACCAGUGAAUGGAGGCUAAGCUAUGUCAAUAAGGAAUUUGCUAUCUGUCCCUCAUACCCUCCAAUUGUCAUAGUGCCCAAAUCCAUUGAUGAUGAAGCUCUCCGGAAGGUAGCUACAUUUCGACACGGAGGGCGCUUCCCAGUACUAAGCUAUUACCAUAAAAAAAAUGGAAUGGUAAUUAUGCGAAGUGGUCAGCCACUCACUGGCACAAAUGGCAGGAGGUGCAAGGAAGAUGAGAAGCUCAUCAAUGCCACCCUCAGGGCCGGAAAGCGCGGCUAUGUCAUCGACACCCGCCCUCUAAAUGUGGCUCAGCAAGCCAGGGCCAAAGGAGGUGGCUUUGAACAAGAAGCUCAUUAUCCCCAGUGGAGGCGAAUUCAUAAGUCAAUUGAGAGAUAUCAUAUUCUUCAGGAGAGCUUAAUCAAACUCGUGGAAGCUUGUAACGAGCAAACACAUAACAUGGACCGAUGGCUCAGUAAAUUGGAGGCCUCUAACUGGCUGACUCACAUCAAAGAGAUCCUGACAGCUGCCUGUCUCGCAGCUCAGUGUAUUGACAGGGAAGGCGCCUCAAUAUUGAUUCACGGGACAGAAGGAAUUGAUUCCACACUUCAGGUGACCUCCUUGGCCCAGAUCAUCUUGGAACCAAGAAGCAGGACCAUCCGUGGUUUUGAGGCCCUUAUGGAGAGGGAGUGGCUGCAGGCUGGGCACCCAUUCCAGCAGCGCUGCGCACAGUCAGCCUACUGUACUAGUAAGCAGAAGUGGGAGGCACCCGUGUUUCUUCUCUUCUUGGACUGUGUAUGGCAGAUACUGCGUCAGUUCCCCUGUUCUUUUGAGUUUAAUGAGCGUUUCCUCAUCAUGCUCUUUGAGCACGCGUAUGCCUCCCAGUUUGGAACAUUUCUGGGCAACAAUGAAAGUGAAAGAUGUAAGUUGAAGCUACAGCAAAAAACCAUGUCUCUCUGGUCCUGGGUCAAUCGGCCUAGUGAACUAAGUAAGUUCACCAAUCCUCUCUUUGAAGCCAACAACCUUGUCAUCUGGCCUUCAGUUGCUCCUCAGAGUCUUCAGCUGUGGGAAGGUAUUUUCCUACGUUGGAACAGAACCUCGAAAUAUUUGGAUGAAGCAUAUGAAGAAAUGGUUAACAUCAUUGAGUAUAACAAAGAAUUACAAGCAAAAGUCAAUAUCCUCAGGAGGCAGUUGGCAGAACUGGAAACAGAGGAUGGGACACAGGAGAGUCCCUGACAGGGAUCCCCACACCCUCCCUAAGGACCUUCCUGGACCUAUGCCCGCCUCUCUCCCCUGUGCACACUUCAGUUCACUUUUUCACAAUAGCCUUGAACUUGAGGCUGCAGGUAUGGGUUCCCCUGUGUAAUGGGUUUCUCGGUACUGUAUGGAUAAGACUCAUGUUUCACGUGGCCUGUUAGGCCCCUUCGCUUGGAAGCAGGAAGGAGGUGCUAGUCAUUUUAUUUUAUGCGAAAUAGAUGACCUGUUUAAUGCCAUUUGUGUUACUCUGCAUUUCAUCUGAAGCUUUUGUCCACUCUCCAAACAGCGCUGUACACCAGUCAAGGAUAUAGUUAGUCUCUUUGGGAAAUAUUUGAUAGUUUUUAAAAAAAGAUCAGUUUUAAACGCUCUGAGUAUAGAAAUGUUUUUCAAAAUUGAACUGAUGGAUAAAGCAAGCAUUUUGUGUUUGACAUACCAUUUCCAAGAUCUUUGCCACAUAAAAUAGCCAUUCUUUUUAGAAUAGUUCUGGACUAGAACACUGAACUCAUUGUCAUUCUGGUGCAUCAGAAAAGGAAAACCUGAAUCCUUACUCAAGGUAAAUUCUUUCUGUAAGGGCAAGAGGUGUAGACCUUUGAUGUUUAUAGUAAGAAGAGUUAAAUUUAUUUUAACAGUAGACACUAACAGUAUGUGCAAUAUAGAAUUAGAAUAGGAAUUUGUUCCUGAUAGGGAAUUGUUACUGUUGUAUUGGUUUUUCAUGUUUUGACCAUACGUAUAAAAUGUCUAUAAAAUGCUGGUUAUAAAAUAAAAGUUAAACCAUCACUUAGAAUAGAGUUAAUUUGUUAUAAUUAAGCUACAAAUAUGGUUUUCUUAAACCAGAGAUGCACUGCCCUUGUCUAAAGUUCUUAUUGCACUGGUU